GGGCAGGAGGCGGGAGACUGGCCGGGGGUGCGGGAGCGAGAGCAGCCCUGGGAGCAGGACCGAGUGAGCAGCAUCCUGAAAUAUCCGAUUGCUCAAACCUGCAACUAUUUUAAAUGCUCAAGAUUAAAAAAUAAUACUAAUAAUCAGGUGAGCGUCUUCAGUUUCCUUUAGGUGAAAUCCUUGCUCAUUUGAGCAAAAUUGUAUUUAAUUUUCGGGCGGUUAAUGUGAGAUUAAGUAGAGGAAGUGCUUUGGUGCAAGUGAAACUGCCUGCUGCGGUCUCUGCACAUGGUUACUCUUAGGAAACGAGAAGGAGUGGAACUGACUCUCCUGGUCUCCCAGCCCAGAUGUGGUUGGUUUGUGCGUGUCCGGCUGGAGGCUGAAUGCGGGUCAGGGGCUUUGGGCAUUAUCUCUUGCAGAGGAGAGCUCUGUGGGCAUCCAGAAGCCUGAAGAGGAAACUGGGCUAAAUCUUAAUCUGAUGGCCCAUUUUGGUGAAUUCCCCGACCCAUUAGAAACUUCAGCUUUGCCCUGUCCCCCAGCCCCCACCCAGGCUAGCUUCAGCUGAACCCAGAGUGCCGACGCCUCACAUGGCUAGGUCGGGAGGUAGGGUAGACUGCUCUGGAGUAGGGGGCAGGCCUGCAAUACUAAUGUGUGCCCACUAACUCCCCCCGCCCCCGGCCAACCUCCCGGGAUAACCUACAGCCAUAGGAAAAGCCAGAGACAGGUUCGAGGAGGAAGCACGGCCAGUGUGCCAGAGCAGCUUUGCUGUCAGUCCGAGGGGGACGCCCCCCACUCGGGGUUUGCUCAUGCACGCAGGAAAGGACCAGCACAAGGUGGGAUCCACACAGCAUGGGUGCUAUGCAGCCUCCAAGGAGGCCAUGAACCUGAAGGCCAACCUGCUGAGACAAGUCACUCAAGAAGGUGACUGAUUUCACUCCCACGAGGCCCCUAGAGCCACCGCACAGGAAUGAGACUUUGGAAAGUACAAUGGUGCUUGCCAGGGGCCUGGGGAUAGACGGGAAGGGCAGUCACUGUUGAAUGGGCACCGAGUUUCAGUCUUGCAGAGUGAAGAGAGAUCCGGAGGUGGAUGGUGAUGAGGGUUGUGCAGCCAUGUGACUAUACUUCAUGCUACUGAAUUGAACACGUAAAGGGGCUAAAAUUGUAACUUCUAUGUGACGUCUAUUUUUCCACAAACAUUUUUUAAAAAUUACAAAGUCCCUUAAAAAAAAAAAAAGACGCCAGACCAAACAAACAAAUGCGAUUCCUGUGGGCUGAAGUCUGUCUGUGACUUCCUCAAAGCGGAACUGACAACUCCACUGAGCGCCUCAAGCUCCCAGCCGCACCAGAGACUUCUGCGUGGGCUCCAUCGGGAAGCCGGGGCAGGCCAGCCUUGUCCUCCUCAGGGUGCCCUGUGGAGCCGGGAAUGUCACGUGGGAAGGGACUUGGGAGCAGGGGUCAGGGUUAAGUGUGUGGGUGGGGGCGGGAGCAGCGGGCGGCCGCUAGGGGGCGCCCUCAGGCCCGGGCACCGGGAGUGGCCGCCGUGGGCGCCUCGUCUCCCCAGGUAGGAGCUGUGGGAUCCUCGGAGCCCCUCUUUCCGUCAGUUUCCUCAGCUGCAGCUUUUCCUUUCCCGUUUCUCCUUUCUUCUCCUCCUCGGGCUUCUCCUGUCGGAGGUCACAGGCCUUUGGCCGGGGGGGGGCCCUCCGUCGGGAUGGUCUAAUUCUAGAGGAAAGGGGCGCUGGUCUGAUCGCCCCUCCCUGGCCUUGGACCCCACCCUGGUGGCCUUGAUGCCGAGGGGCCGUCGCAGAGUUCGCCUUUGGUUUGGGAGCCAACAUCUUUGCAACCGACAGGUCAUCAACACGUUGGUGGGAAAGGCCAGUGCGGAACAAGCUCCGGCCACGUGACCGCGGACGCCGCAAGAGCUCACGGGACGGUCUGAAGGUUUUCACCGAUUACGAACGGGAUGGGCUGUUGGUGACUUCCAGUCAGGGGCUGAGGAGGAAAACCGAGAUGAAGUUGUUCAUACUUUCAGGUCUUAAAAAUAGAAAGGAAAAAGCAGCAGCUGGCAGGGUGGCAGCGCGGAGAUCUGACGUGACCCCGCGGCCCCUGGGGAGGCGGCUGAGCGCCCAUUCCCGCCCCCGGCCUCGCCCGCCCCUUUGAGAACGUGUUUAAAGGAAACGAAGUUAAUUUUAAAGUCUCAAGGGGGUAGAGAUGCCCGUGCAGAAGGCGGAUUCUUUCCGUGUUCAUGAUGUCUGAAACGGCGCCCCCGCCUCACACGGUGGAGCUUUCCUGGCGUGCGACGUGCUGGGUGGGCUCUGCGGAAAGCCACAGCGUGGCCGGGGGGCCCCUGGGGGCCACGUGCCCUGCCCCCACGCAGGUGGGAGCCCCAAGUCUUUUCAUUCUGGAGCCUGGCACAGCCCUGUCCAUGAACCAGUGGAUGGAAAAUCUGUCUCUAUCACUCUGUAGGCCUGACUUUCAAAUAAUAAAUAAAUCUUUCUGUCACACCACAGUGCCAGAUGACAAAAGGAACCCGGACUCUCCUCCCAGCUGCUGCUUUGUGACCAAAGAGAAGGCACCUGACCCAUUUUUCCACUUCCGCAAGAGCAAGGCGCCUUCCUGAACACAACUACUUAAAAGGGCGGGUACUGGGUGCCUCCCUGCGCCUUCGUGUCCUCCCCUGUGAGGAGGUGUAUCUGCCCUGUCUCCCCUCCAGGGACAGUGGGAAGUUCAAAUAGGGAUCCAAGGUGAAGGCAGUGUGCAGAGCAUGAAGGCCCACGCAACCGCCCGCUUUGGUAUUCCCGUCUUUUCUCUCACCCACCCCCCUGCCCAAUUAAAAUCAACACGGCACACACAUAAAGAGGAAGGAUGGAGUAGGAGUGAGGAGGAGGCCAUUAGGACUGGGAAGGCUUCAUGGAGGGUGUGCCAGGGGCUAGCCUGAGUGUGCGAUGGGGCUAGCCUGUUGGAGGGAGCAGGUGUUCUAGGGCAGAGGAAAGAGCCUGAAUGGUGUGAGGCCGUCUGCCAGGCAGGGUGAGUGUCCUCUUCCUCCAUGGAUUUCGGACCACAGCUGGACCCUAGGCCCCAGGGACAGCGACCCUGAGAGAGGACUGCUCACUGAUCACAGAGAGGGGAAGCUGGACCAAGGUUAUGUGGCCAAGAGGCUAGAGGGCAGCUUGGCCCAAGGGUGGGGGCCUUCCCACUCCUGCUGGGGAGCUUUGCCAUUUCCCCCGUGUAGGACAGAGGCACAUGGGCGCUUUGGGGGAGAUGUGGGAGUCUUCAGCCAGUGGACUGACCUGAUUAGAGCUGUGGGGGGUGUGUGUGGCAAGUGCAUUGGAGGUGGGACAUCAUGGCGCCGAAAGGAGUCCAUGGGUGGUGAGGCCACCCUUUUCUGGCCUGCGGAAGUCUGUGCUCUUCCUUCAUUGUCCAGUUCUGUGAGGGUCUUUCUGGCCUUCCCUCGCCCUCAGAGGAAGAGAAGUCAUUCCUCUCCUGUAUUUUGAAAGUGCAGUUUUCUAAUGGAAUGUUUUGUACUUUUGUUUAUGGUUCAGAGCUUGUUGCUUCCAUUUUCCAUCUGUUUUCCUGAACAGAUGGUGCAUGAGUUGAAACUGGAUUGAGUAUCAUUUUGUUUUUACAGAGCUGGGACCCAGACCAGUGCUGAUACCUCGUAGGUGAUUCUCAAGGGUUUGUUCCGUGAAGGAUCAGAUGGACCAGGGCAGUGGGGUGCGAGUGCCCUGUGGACCGUGCCUAUGGAAAAUGGCCCAGGAAACAGGACUUGUGAUCAGUGUAUGUAGAAGUGAGGGGAAGAGAGGAGUGAAGGUGACUUUGAGAUUUCUUCCUUGGACCUCAGGGGGCUGCCAUUCAAUGUGAUUGGAAGCACAAGGAAAAAAUAUGCAAGGCAAGAAGUUAACCCCGUCUUUGGACAUUUAUUCAACAGGAGUGUGUCCAAACUCCUGAGAUACAUUGAUUCUGAGGUGGAUUGGAAUGGCUGAGCGAUUCACAGCGUUUCUGGAGGAAUCGACAGAUGACAAUCCAGCAUGUUCUAACAGAGGUGCAUGCCUGCGGGGCCCCACGAGGAAGAAGCUGGGGGCAGGACCCCCUCCAGGUGCCGGCUGGCUUAGCAUGGAGCGCCCAAGCAAGAUGGAGUUCUUCCAGAAGCUGGGCUACAGCCAGGAGGACGUGGCCAGGGUGCUGAGCAAGCUGGGUGAUGGCGCUCUGGUCAACGACGUGCUGCAGGAGCUGAUCCGGACGGGCAGCCGCCCUGGGGCCCAGGAGAGCCAGUCCGCGCCCCUGCUUGUCCCCCGGGGCUCCUGUGGGGCCCCAGACUCUGCUCAGUGGGGCCCGGGGCCAGCUCCAGAAGAGAACUGUGGAGACCCCGCCAGUUCCCUGCGUCCCAUCGUGAUUGAUGGCAGCAACGUGGCGAUGAGCCAUGGAAAUAAAGAAGCCUUCUCUUGCCGGGGAAUCCAGCUGGCUGUGGACUGGUUCAGGGACAGAGGACACACCUUCAUCAAGGUUUUUGUCCCCUCCUGGAGGAAAGAGCCAUCAAGAUCAGAUACCCCCAUCAGAGAGCAGCACGUGCUGGAGCAGCUGGAGCGGCAGGCCGUGCUGGUCUACACCCCAUCACGCAAGGUGCACGGCAAGCGGGUGGUCUGCUACGACGACCGCUACAUUGUGAAGGUGGCCUACGAGCAGGACGGCGUCAUCGUCUCCAACGACAACUACCGCGACCUGCAGAGCGAGAACCCGGAGUGGAAGUGGUUCAUCGAGCAACGGCUGCUCAUGUUCUCCUUCGUCAAUGACCGGUUCAUGCCUCCUGAUGACCCGCUGGGCCGCCACGGACCCACCCUGAGCAAUUUCCUGAGCAGGAAGCCCAGGCCCCCAGAACCAUCCUGGCAGCACUGUCCCUACGGCAAGAAAUGCACCUACGGCAUCAAGUGCAAGUUCUACCAUCCCGAAAGGUCGCACCACGCACAGCUGGCGGUGGCGGACGAGCUCCGUUCCAAGACCAGGGCCUGGCCGGGCGGGGGCGCGCCGGAGCGGCGGCCCUCGAGCGCCCGGGGUGGCCCCGUAGCGGCUGGGCAGGCUCUGCGCGAGCCCGGCGCGCACAGUCUCCAGCCUGCGCGUCCGCCUGCGGACCUGGCCGCCCUGCAAGGGAGCUUCUCGCUCCUGACCAUCGGCGAUGGCCAGGGGUCCCUGGGGCCGCGCCCCCCGGGACCCGCGCCCCUGCUGCGCAGGCCCGACUGGGUGCCCAUGGGCAGCCGGGCACCUUCCGGGGCUUCGCCAACCCCACGCGCGGGCAGCGCUGCCGCCCCACGGCCGCCCUGCCUCGGGGCGCGGGUACCGGCCCUGCCCGGCCUUCGGAGCCCUCAGGGCGCGUUCGCGCUGGGAGACCUCCCGCCCCGGCCCGGGCCGCAGCUCCAGCCGCGGGGCGGGCUCUGCGCCAGGGACCUGCCCGGCGACCCGUGGACUCGCCAGCCCAGCUCCGACCGCUUCCCGGGCCUUUCGGCCUGGGCGGAGCCGGCCUGGGGCGACCGCACCUGUGACUGCGAGGAGCACACGCGCGCUCGGGCGCGCCCCGCGCUCUGCUCUGUCUUCCCACCAGACCAGGUGGACAGCGCCAUGGCCGCGUUCCCCGCCCUUUCCGACCCCGCGGGCCUCUUCCUGCUCCUGCAGAGAUCUCAGAGGGCGGGCGCGCAGCCGGGAACGCCCUGAGCGGCCGGUGCAGCUACCGCAAGCAAGGCCCGUGCGUUGCUUUGCAGCUGGGGCGGUGGGCCCCUGGUUGCCUGCCUGAACCCGGGUCAGCGGCAGCCGCGAGGCCUCCUGUCUAAGGACGGGUCAUCUCCGCGUCGGCUGCGGGUGCCCCGUGGCGUUACGGGCGACCUCACUGAGACAGGGGCCUGCUGCGCGGAGGGAGGUUUGCAGGUUGCAAGUCCCAGUCCACCCCAAGGGUGUGUCCAGCAUCAAGCGGCAUCCACAGGGGGAGUAGGGGGGGUGUCACAGAAUCCACUAGGGGGUCCCCAGCACAAACCCAACGCAAUAGGAAGUGUCAGAGCGCACGCCACUGGGCCUAAUCCCGUGGACUCCGCUGGUGGCUUUGACACUGUGUGCCUGUGCUGGGCUGUGAGGUGGGGCAGGGCACUUGGUCCAGAGAGCCUGCCCCCCGCCCCGCCCCCUUGGCACACAGAAACCAAACAACACAAAUACACACGUGUGUACACCCUAGCACACACCUACCUACACGCACCAGACAUCUCGCGGCUCCUGGCUCAGCCUGUGCGUUUUUUCCCCAACCAUCCCUCAUGGGAGUUUCUAGAAUAGGCCUUCCAUUGACCACACCUUCUAAGCCAACCUGGGCCCAGUGAGUGCAGACUGGGGAGAUCCCCCAACCCCAUUUGUGAGGGACAGGAACUGAGCCACUGUGGCCACAGCUGUCCUGCCCCAUGGGGGGUGGGCAGCAUCCACCCAGUCCAGCGACAGUGGUAGCCGUCUAGGGAUGGCUCAUUUCUUCCUCUGGGGUGUAGUAGCUGGGCUGUUCAGGGACAAUGAGAGACACCUCCCAGUGGGAAGCCCGUUCCCGGUGCCCACAAGCUUCCUGAGGCGCCGCCAGUGCCUGUGGAAGCUGCUUCCUGUUGGCUGCUGGGCUGCCUGAGUUGGCUGUGCGGCCCGGGUGCACCUGAGGAAGCAGGUGUGCGCCUCCCUGUCACUCGCGGCAGGUGCUGCCCCUGGAGACGCGGGGACGCUAGGGCUUGCAGGGACACCUUUCCUGCUUUGAAACCAGAUGCUCCUCGCGACUUGAGCCCCAUCUGGUGCUCGCCCCCUCUCCCCCCACCCCAGGACACUGCAGCCAGUUUUACCUUCUCCCCUGGGGGCCUUGGUCCCCAUGAGGGCCCUUGCUUCCUAGAGAGAUUGGGUGUGUGUAUGUGUGGGGUUUCUCCUUUCGACUGGGCAAGCUUUCUGUUAGAGUUGCUUUUUGUGUCUCUGGUUCUGUCUCCUGAUGUGGCAUCAUUGUGUUGCUGAUUGAUGGCUGGAGAUGUUUAAACUGCUUCUUCUGAGGACAAGUUUGAGCUUGAGUAAGCUGUAAAGCUGUUUUAUUUGGUUUGCUGUGAUUAAGACACACACACACACACACACACACACACACUGGGGCUGGCGUAGUGAGUAAAGCUGCUGCCUGGGACGCCGGCAUCCCAUAUAGAGGCUGGAUUGUGUCCUGGCUGCUCCACUUCCUAUCCAGCUCCCUGCUAGUGGCCUGGGAAAGCAGUGGAGAUGGCCCAAGUGUCUGGGCCCCAUCACACAUGGGAGCCCUGGAUGAAACUCCUGGCUCCUGCCUUUGGCCUGGCCAAGUUAUGGCCACCGCGGCCAAGUGAACCAGCAGGUGGAAGAUCUUUAUCUCAGUCUCUCCUUCUUUCUCUCUCUGUAACUCUGACUUUUGGAUAAAUAAAUCUUUUUAAAAAAUGAAGAAACAGCACCUGUCAAGUGUAAUCCCCUUUGGAAUUUUUCCAAAGUCUUAGUAUGUCUUUGUGACACAAAACCAUGCAUGGGGUGGGUAAGUGAAACGCUCCUAGUUGCGUAGCUGUUACUUGCUCCAAAAAUAAAGCCCUUCGACCAUG